GGAAGAAGGAGUGGGAAGAGUUUGAGUUUUCAGGGAAGGACUCGGUGAGUCUGAAUUCUCAGGGAAGGACUUUUCCGAUGACGAUCAUCGUUGAUCAACCUCAGUUCGAAAAUGAUGGUGAGGAGCAGAAGCCAAAUAAUGGGGAGGAAUCAGGAUUGGUGUUGGAUGGUGGAUUUUGUAUUCCCAACACCAAUUCUUUUGGCCACAAUUUUAGGGAUUACAAGAUAGAAAGUGAAAGACAAAAGGGGGUGGAGAAUUUUUACCGUACAAAUCACAUCAAUCAAACUGUUGAUUUUGUCAAAAGGAUGAGAGAGGAAUAUGGGAAAUUGGACAAGGUCGAAAUGAGCAUCUGGGAAUGUUGCGAACUCCUGAACCAGGUUGUCGAUGAGAGCGAUCCUGACUUGGAUGAACCCCAAAUUGAGCACUUGCUGCAGACUGCUGAGGCCAUAAGAAAAGACUAUCCUAACCAAGAUUGGCUUCACUUGACUGCCUUAAUCCAUGAUCUUGGAAAGGUUUUGCUUCAUCCGAGUUUUGGAGAACUUCCUCAAUGGGCAGUUGUUGGAGAUACGUUUCCAGUAGGAUGUGCUUUUGACAAAUCAAUUGUUCACAGCAAGUACUUCAUGGAAAACCCAGACUACAACAACUCCAAUUACAAUACAAAAUGUGGAAUCUACUUAGAACGUUGCGGACUCGACAACGUUAUGAUGUCAUGGGGGCAUGAUGAUUACAUGUACUUGGUGGCAAAAGAGAACGGGACAAGUCUUCCGUCAGCUGGUCUCUUUAUUAUAAGAUACCAUUCGUUCUACGCGUUGCAUAGAUCUGAAGCAUAUAAGCAUUUGAUGAACGAGGAAGACGUUGAGAAUCUAAAGUGGCUUCAAAUAUUCAACAAGUACGACCUCUACAGCAAGAGCAAAGUUCGGGUUGAUGUUGAGAACGUGAAACCGUACUAUCAGUCUCUAAUUGAUAAGUAUUUCCCUGCAAAACUGAGGUGGUGAGGCGAUAAUUAAGAAGUUCAUUUCCAGCUAAUUACAAUGUCAUAAGCAUAAAUAAAAAGCUGCUUAUGAGAGCAUAAAACAAAACUGAAAUGUUGAAACACAGUUGACGUUUAUGCAGUUAUAUGUUGGUUUGUAAGCAGUA